AUUUAUCCGAAGCAGCAAACGAAACGGAACAAGAACGAAAGGCGAACGAGACCAAACCGAAACAGCCUACCGGAUUGGAAGCCCCCAGAUGGUGUGCUAACCCAAUGUUUUCCGACCAAAAAAUAUCAUCUUUAUUACAGAUUAGAGCCCUAAUCACGCCGCCCCGGUUAAUCUUUUCUUGGAUUAUAUAAAGCCCAUUCGAUAGGGAAGGGCGAGACGGAAGAGUAGCCAAGAAAGGGGAAGCAUUUGGGAGAGGAGAAGAAGAAGAAGAAGAAGGCUAGCUUGGGGGAGAGAGGGAGGGAGGGGAUCGAGAGCCUCGCCGGCGCGGGGCAAUUGGCUCGCCGAUCCCUCUCCCGCCUCCGUCGUCGAAGCGCCGCGUCGGCUCGAAUCGGAGGACUGUGAUGUGUGAUCCCCACGGGCAUGGUGCACCCUAGGUUCCUGGUUGCUUGCUCAGGCUCCAAGUUGUGCUUCAUCUCCAGUUGCUGUGGCAGCUAUGGGGACAUGGCUAGGCGUGGCAAGAUGAUACCUUUGCGCCGGAUGGGUUCGAGCCGGCUGUACGAGUGUAGUUCCACCCUUCCAGUGUUGAUCGGUUUCAGUUGAUGAUGCGUCCUCUUAGCACCAGUUUGAUGUUUGGAGACCGAAAGCUCGAUUCUGUGGGAGGUCACAAGAAGGAAUUGGAUUAGUGCAUUGUAGGAAGCUAGGAGCGAACGAGAAUCGGCGGCAUUCCUUUCUGCCGAACAUAGUGUAGAUUGUUUGCAAUGGGUUUACCUCAGGUUAAUCCAGUCGAGGAUGCGCCUACGCCGUCAAGUAGGCCUGCUUCGAGCCCUCGUCGCGUUGAGGGUGUUGGUGCAUGUGAUUUGGAUGGGCUUCCUGGAGGAAGCUCAAGCAGCAGGGUAUUUACGUACCCGUCAAUCGGUGAUUCUAAUAGGAGGACUGCAUUAGAUAUCCCGAAUGAAUCAACUGAGUAUUCUAGAGACAUCCAUUGCUUUGAUGGACCUGCAGGUCUGCGAGGACUAAGAAUUGAUUCAAGGGAUGCAGAUUCUAGAUCUUCUCAUAAACUGGAUCCUACUGUCCAUGUUCCCACAAUGAGGGUUGUGGGAUUUGAGUCGGGUUCUGUUGGAGGUUCUGCUAUAGUAGAAACUGAUAAUUGUCAUACAUCAUUUGAUCAGCAUGAACUCCAGGCAAGGAAAAGACUUCUCUCACCAUUGAAAACCGUUCUUGAUAGACAGUUCCAUGGUGAUAUACUGAAUAUUUCCACUGCUGAUGCUAGAUUUGGACUGUCUGAUUCAGCCAGGAAACUUUACAGUUCUUGCUUUCAAGAUGGUAAGAAAGCAAACACUGCCACCCUUGAUUCUUUUGAGUCACAGGCCUGGACAAACUCUAGAUGCUCCAAUGGAAGUCCAGGAUGGGAUGCCAAUAAGAUUAAUUCUAAUUUAUUCACUGAUGGUCCUUUACUUGGGAGUAAGGAGUCUGCAUCUUAUCUUGAUCAUCUAGCUGCUAGUGCAAAAUUAGCACACUCUCCACUCUCUCUGUCCCCACUCAGCCCUAAAUGCAUGAACAGAACCAAAGUCACAGGAGCUCAAUACCAUACAAUGAGAGAUAUUGAACAUCAUUUUCUAGAUUCAAGGGAAAGGGAAGGACCUAAAGGAAUUAGAAUGCUGAGUGUGUUAGAAGAAACUAACGUAUUACAUGAUGAAUACAAUGCCAUGACCCCUAAAAGAGGUUCAUGUAGAAGAUACCAAAACUGGGGUCCUGAAUCCAUCCCUACGUCUCCCAGGGUUGGUUAUGGCCGCAGUUUGAGUCUCCCAGUUAGACGGUCACUAGUUGGCUCCUUUGAGGAGUCCCUUCUAUCUGGCCGACUUUCUUAUGGAAAAGACAAUCAGAUAAUUGAUGGAUUCUUAGCUGUCCUAAAUGUUACCGGUGGCAGCUUCUCUCCUCCGACUCAAAAACUUCCAUUUGCAGUAACAAGCAUUGAUGAAGAUAGCUCCUUGUUGUACUAUUCUUCUAUUGAUCUUGCUGGGAGGUUGCCUGCAACUAACAGUAGAAGUCCAAAACUCGAAAGAAGCUUUAGCUUUAAUGAUUCACGAUCAGCCAAAAGUCGCUUAAGGAUCCCUGCUAAGGGCAGGAUACAACUGGUCGUGAGUAAUCCGGAGAAGACUCCACUUCAUACUUUCUUCUGCAACUACGACUUGACAGACAUGCCUUCAGGGACCAAGACUUUCAUGCGGCAAAAGGUCACUCUGUCCCCCACUCCUCCCCCCUCUAAUCCAACAAAAGAAGGAAGUAAUGCCAGUGAUAUUAAUGUUGGCCCCAAGGCUGAGUCUGUCUCGUGUGGAAGAGAAGUUACAGAACGGAAAAGUUCAGAAUGUAAUGGCUCAUCUGAUGGAUCAGAGGAGAGAGAUGCAGAUACAAAAUAUUGUUCAUUGGACAGUAACAUGAUGGAAUCAAAUAAAUGUAGCUCUCCUGUGAAUAAGAAAAAUAACACCGAUUCCGAUGAUUGUUGCUGUCAGAUGGAUAAUUUAGGUGGAAAGAAUUCUUGCUGCGCAUCUUCUAGGAUUAACGAUAGCUCAGGCGUAGGUGUGAUUCGCUAUGCUCUUCAUCUGCGCUUUCUAUGCCCUUCUUCCAGGAAAUCCUCAAAAUCAAUGGUACGAUGCAAAUCCGAUCCAUCAUCGGUGCCAUACAGCAGUAAUGCAGCUAAAGAUGAAGAGCGAAGAUUCUAUCUAUACAAUGAUCUUAGAGUUGUAUUUCCUCAAAGGCACUCAGAUGCAGAUGAAGGCGAGCUGCGGGUGGAACAUGACUUCCCUGCUGAUCCCAAGUACUUCGAUAUAAGCAACUGACAUCUGCCUGCUUCCGCUUGGGCACCCAGCUCAUGUCAUUUGUAUAUAGCAUGCGCUUCUUGCGCAUAACCAAAAAAAUGUAAAUAUUUUAUCCUCAACUUUUCAUCAGCCCCAUGUGUUUAUCAGUCAUAACCAACUGUACAGUUUCAAUCUUCAAAUAAAAUGCAUCUUUUAGUUCCCA